AUGGCCAAAGUUCCCAGCCUGUUUCAAGACCUGAUGGAGUGUUACAGUGAAAAUGAAGAACACAGUUCCAACAAUGAGGACUUCUCUCUGAAUCAGAAAUCCUUUUAUGAUGCAAGUUACAGCCCACAUCAUGAGGUCCACAUGGAGACACCUCUGUCCCUGAAUACCUCUGAAACCUUGGAAACAACCCAGCUUACCUGUAAGGAAUAUGCAUCAGUGGUGACAGGCAAAGAAGGAAAGAUUCUGAAGAGGACACGCCUCAGUUUAAAUCAACCCAUCACUGAUGAAGACUUAAAGGCCAUUGUCAAUGAUCAGGAAGAAGUGAGAUUUGACAUAGCUGUUUAUAAACCAACAAAUAAUUUUGAAAGCAUUCCUGUGACAUUGCGAGUCUCAAAAAGUCGACUGUUCGUGAGUGCUGAAAACAGAGAUGAACCAGUACUGCUGAAGGAGUUGCCUGAGACACCCAAGGUCAUCACAAACAAGACGAACCUCAUCUUCUUGUGGGAAAACUAUGGCACUAUGUACUACUUCAGAUCGCUCGCAUAUCCAGAUUUGUACCUUGCCACAAAAGAGGACGAUUGGGUGCACCUGGCACAGGGGGAGCCCUCUAUCAUUGACUUCAGAAUAUGGGAAGACUAA